AUGCUUUGUGUCUCUCUGGUACCGAAAGUGGCAGUAACUCGAGCCGUGGAGGAUACUAGGGAUAUUUCUUGUAUGCGUGAGUUUUCGUUGUUUGCUAAGAACUAUCCGUAUCUAUCUAUCUAUCUGUCUAUCUAUCUAUCUAUUCAUUUUCUCAAAUUUCUUACUUCUCUCCGAAUGUGUUCUUAUAUCGCCUUUUCUUAUACAGUUUCAACUCUGUAUACAUCCAGAGCCCCUUUAUACAUCUUACAUUUUGUUCUUUUGCACAUUUCAUUUAACUUUACGGCAUUUUCUCUCUUCUUUCCAUUCAGUCUCUCUUUAGGUCUAACUUUACACUACGCGCUCUUUCUUCUUUCACGAGUCAUUACGAAAGUAAUUUUACCUUUCACUCUUCCACUUUCUCCCUCCCCUUGUCCGACGUAUAGUAUCUUCCUCUUUCCUACCCCCCAAAAAAUAAGUUCCGCUUCCUUUUUCUAA